GUGUUCUUCAUGUGUUUCAUACUGAAAUCCUAAUCGAUCCCUUGCUGAAACUUAUUGAAAUGAAAGCUAAUGAUAAGCACUCCAUAUGUAAUUUAAAAUCUCAAGUCUUUGUACUCUUGUUAUAACUAGCAAUAGAUGAUGGUCACGACCUAGACCGGGAUAUGCUGUCGGGAAUUUACGAAAGAAUCAAAGCAAGUGAAUUCAAAACUGGUUCUGACCACGUGACCCAAGUAAUGAAGGUGCAGCAGACGAUUGUUGGCAAGAAACCAAACUUGGCCCAGCCUCACAGAAGACUGGUCUGUUAUUGCCGACUGUAUGAAGUAUAUGAUGUAAACAAGAAAGAAAGAGCAGGAAUUCAUCAGAGAGAAGUGUUCCUCUUCAAUGAUAUGCUUAUGGUCUCUAAAAUCUUCAGUAAAAAGAAAACCAGCAUUACCUACACAUUCAGGCAGUCUUUUCCUUUAUGUGGGAUCAAUGUUACCCUCUUUGAAGCUCCAUAUUAUCCACAGGGAAUUCGGCUUACACAGCGGGUUGAUAACAAAGUUCUGAUAACAUUCAAUGCUAGAAAUGAACAUGACCGUACAAAGUUUGUAGACGAUCUGAAGGAAUCUAUUCUAGAGAUGGAUGAAAUGGAAAACCUUCGAAUAGAGACAGAACUAGAAAAACAGAAAUCUCUGAGAAACAGAGUUCCAGAGAACAGAGACUCAGGUGUAGCAGAUAUAGAGAUUUUCCCGACACCUAGCCGAGACAAAAACAGACUCUCUCCUGAUGGACAGGGUUCAAACUUGAAACAUUCUGCCUUGUCAAACUCUCUGCUUGACCUACAUGAUCAACAAAUGAACAAGCCUGUUCGAAGAGGUAGUGCAGGCUCUUUAGAUAGUGGAAUGUCGGUGUCUUUCCAGUCGUCAGCAGCGAGCACCGGUAGUCAGGACUCUUCAUCUCAAGUGGUGUCUUGUAGUGGGACCAAUGAAGUGAGGAACAUAUCAGAAAGCGUUGUUUCUCCAGGAACACUUGGAGGAAAGUCAGCCAAUCAGCAGAGCUUUCUUGGUGGAUUGUUUGGGAAGAAAAGCAAGACAUCAUUGAAAGGAAGUGUAGUGAAAACCAGUGAGAGCACUGAUGUUUGAAAGAUGUUUGUAUUAAUUAUUAAUCAGUUAAGUUAUAUCAGUGAGUUCGACCAUUAGUAAAAUGUUGUCACGUAAUCUACUGUCCAUUAGUAACAGAUAAAAAUAUGAUACUACUGAGUACAAGAAAGACGUCUGUGAACAGAAUGUGGAAAGAGCCAGAAAUACAGUGAUUCAUGUGAAUUACAUGCUUGCCCCAAAGUGGAAUUUAGCCUAAUAGACUUUUGAGUGAAACAAUUAAAAUAAGUUUAGAAAAUCUUUAAUUUUUGCUAAAACUUGUGAUGGCAGGCUCAUGCAUUUACUUUGUAUCUGUUUGAUAAAUAAUCCUAGCUUAGGGGUUUUCUUGUAGAAAUUAUAAUUCUAUGCCAAAGAUAUUAGAAAUAUGUGUUGCUGUAUAGAACUACAAGGGUAACAUAAAAGUGUGUACUAUAACCAGAGGUAGAUAACGAUCAACAUGUAAAUUAGUACAUUACAAAUGUUUGUAAAUCCUGAAUUGGGACUGUGUAAAUAACAUUAAGAAAUGAAUAAUUCUAGCAGUGACAGAAACCUAGUGUAUAGUUCCAAUGAUGUAAAUAUGUUGUGAGUUUCAGGUGUUAAAUGUGUUAAUUAAUAUAUUAUAAUCUGUUCACUUGAUUAUUAGAAUAAUUACUAAAAUAUAGUACUUAAGUGUGUCAUCAAAUUCAACAGUAUAUAGUUAUGUAUGUAAAAUAAGAUAAAUAUAUAUUCUAACCCUAAUCCACUGCUGUGUCCUCGAAGAGAGAAUAAUUCUGUGAUUUCAACGCAAUAUGUGUUAUAAAAUAUGUCGUAUACAAUGAAAUUUUUUAGUGUUAGGGUAUUAUACCACCUUUUCUGAUUGUGAAAUAAACUUUGUUACACGACAGACCUAGACUAUCGUACAUUCGGUUCUGCCUAUUGUUUUAUCAGUGUAUAUGGGCUGCUAUAGCAACAGUAUUAAACUCGAGGGUGGAUGCCGUCCAUCCAGUAUUUUUGAGGAAAUAUCAAUUUUUGUACUCGAAUCUGCAUUUUUAUUUGUAAUGAAUAGCAGUUUUGAAACGUUUGAAUUUUAUUGUUUUAUGCCUUUAUUUGGUAACCCUAUACAGUCUAGUUACUAGGAGUCUAACCCUACAAAUAGGCCUAACAGUCAUGCAGCCAUAGCAAUAGCGUGGAAACUAGAUUUGGCUGUAGUGUGAACUUAUUUUUAGCUUCAGUGAACUAAAAAAAAAAGAAAAAAUUGUGUUUGAAACAUCGAUAUCUUUAAGUGAAAUGAUGUUUUAAAUUAAUUACUUUCUCGUGUGUGAGACACCAAGUAGGUAUUUUCUAAAGAUUACAAUCUUACUAUCCAUUGUAGAUUAUCUAAAGCAUGAUAUCAUGAGUUUUAUUUUUUGUAAUCGUAAAGACUUGAAGCGUGGUUCUCUAAGUGAUAGACAAUACUGAGAAAAAGUUUUUAGUUACAGCACCAAAAUUCAAAAAAGUAUGUUGAUGCCAAGAAAAUAAUAACAAAACUUUCUGUGAGAAUGAAUAAAGCAGUACUUGUACCCCCCUCUCUCCCCCCGUUUUACUCCAAAAGAAUUCUUCUUAAGAUGAUAGAGAAGAAAUAUUUUUCUUUUCCGGGGUUGGAUUAAGACCGCAGGUAACAUCAUUUCUGUGAACUCCCCCCCUCCCUUUUCCAUAAGCUCCCUUUUUUAAUUUUAUAUUGAACUUUUCCCCACCAAAUAAUGUUAAACCCUAAACUAAGUACAAGCUGUUCUACCAGAGCUUCCUGUAUAAAGAAAAGAGAAGUGAUUCGUCCAACUCGUAAUGUCAAUGUGUGAUUUGUAAGCUGACUAUUAUAUUUAUGUAUGUAUAAUAAACAUGCUAUUCCAGCA